UGGCAGAGUGAGUGUGCAGGAUAUCCUCCUGUUUUUCUUAUUUUAAUGCACCCUUUCUAAAAAAAAAAAAAAAAAUCUGUGAUGUCACACUGUGAGUCUUCCUGCAAUUCUCAUCAGAAGAACAGCAAGAAUAACCUCUGUGAAGGAUGUGAGGGUCCAGAGGAUGAAGGCAAGAGGCUGAAGAGGAGGGAGAAGAACAGAGUUGCCGCCCAAAAAAGCCGGAAGAGACAAAUACAGAGAGCUGACAUUCUGCAUGAGGCCUGUGAGCUACUGGAGCAGAAGAACAGGAAGCUGAGGAGAGAGGUGGAUUCUCUGUCUGAAGAGCAGCGCCUGCUGACUGAGACUCUCAGGACCCAUGAGCCCUUCUGUCCCAUCAUGCACUGCUCCUUUGCCUCCUCCACCACAUCCAGCUUGCAGCCUGAGCCAAGGAAUAAUGUUCCAGUGCAACUUGUCUGAAGCCAGCUAUUGUGUAAUGCACCAGUAUACCACCAGAGAGCGCUGUUGAACGUGAUCAGCGCUCAAGUGGGGACUCAACAGGUAUGGGGUGUUCACAGUGAGGAGCGCCCUCUGGUGGUUAAAAUUUUUUAAUGCAGCAGCUCAU